AGUUUAUUAGGCCUACAAUCGAUCUUUUGGAGGAUGCAAACUGUAUAAAUGAGAAUUAUUAUAAGAUCUACUUUGCAGGCCUACUAAAUGUCAUGUCACCACUGUGCAUGAGGGUAACGGGUUGGUUUGGGGGGAUUUCGCUCUCUCUGCAUUCCGUUGCUCAUAUCCCUCCCACAGCGGGUCCGGUUUAGGUCUCUGUAGCUCCACCUCCGAGGAACUGGUCUCGCCAGAACAGUAGGCUACCGCCGAUUAGCUGGCCGCCCCCCUCCCAAGGAAACACUGGCCAGAAGAGAGGCUCUGCCGCAGUUCAGCUCGUUGUUUAUUCGUCUGGGUCGGGUGAACUGCUGACGCCAUGGCCGAAGAAGGCAUGGAUGAACGGUCUCCGCUGCUCUCAGCACCGAACUCCGGGAAUGUCUCACCGUUGGAACCGCCGGCAUACCUGCAGGACACGAGUCCAAGAGCUGAACUCCCUCCCCCCUACACAGCCAUCGCCAGUCCCGACCCAGGGGGGGUACCCGUCAUCAACUGCCGGGUGUGUCAGUCUCUCAUUAACCUGGAUGGCAAGCUGCAGCAGCACGUGGUGAAGUGCACUGUGUGCAACGAGGCCACGGUGCCCUUCCUUCCGAGGCAUUGGAAAACCUUCCUGGUCUUUGUGGAUGAAUCUGUGUUUGAAAUUCACUGCUCAACUGAGGGACUACAGAUAAUUGUAUGUGUGGGGUACAGAGAUGAGCCCAUCAAAAACCCCCCGACUGGGAAGAAGUAUGUACGCUGUCCCUGUAACUGCCUCCUCAUCUGCAAAGACUCAUCUAGGAGGAUAGGAUGCCCCAGACCCAACUGCAGACGCAUCAUCAACCUGAGCCCGGUGAUGGUGAUUCCAGAGGAGCAGCCGGCCCAGCCAGCCCUGCCAGUCCAGCCUGAGGGCACGAGGGUGGUCUGUGGCCACUGUGGAAACACUUUCCUCUGGAUGGAGCUCCGAUUUAACACGCUAGCAAAAUGCCCUCACUGCAAAAAAAUAUCGUCUGUGGGUAGUGCUCUUCCAAGGAGGCGUUGUUGUGCCUACAUCACUGUGGGAAUGAUCUGCAUCUUUGUCGGAGUGGGAUUAACAGUGGGGACUCAGGACUUUGCCAGUCGUUACCAUGCCACCUAUGUGUCCUGGGCGUUCUCCUACCUCCUCGGUCUGAUCUGUCUGAUACGAGCUUGUUACUGGGGCGCCAUUAAAGUCAGCUAUCCAGAGAACAGCUUUUCCUAGACAGACAGACCAUCAAAGUCAGCUAUCCAGAGAACAGCUUUUCCUAGACAGACAGACCAUCGAAGUCAGCUAUCCAGAGAACAGCUUUUCCUAGACAGACAGACAGACAGAGCGACAGACAGACAGACAGACAGACAGACAGACAGACAGACAGACAGACAGACAGACAGACAGACAGACCGUUGUACUGUGUUUCUACCUUUUAAUUGUUUAUGUUGUUAUUAUUCAGAUGAAGACGGAGGUCAGUCUGGUCCUGAUCCAGGAGAAAACAGAUAUCCAGUCCUGAUCCAGGAGAAAACAGAUAUCCAGUCCUGGUUUUGUAAUUAACUCUGAUUUUUUUUUAUUUUUUAUGCAGAUCAGGAAUUGAGAUCUUUAUAAUUGUUUAAUUGGUUUGAUUUAUCAUAUAUAGUGAUGUAAUUAACAUUGAAACUGGACUUAUAUGAUAUGAUAAUAUGAUUUUAAUCGGAAACCGGACAGCUGGGCUGUCUCUCUCCUGGACCAGGUAAAGGUUUUGACUGACUGACAAACAUGGCGUUCCCAACCAGACCAAAUUAAAUUAACAACAAUUUUGACAAUUGCACUACAAUUAUAUUCAAUGAUUCUGUUCAGUUGCUGCUAGUUACCCCAGCUCCAAAAGCUGUCCUCCUCGCUCUCUCUCCAUACUUUAUGUAACCCUAGUAACGCCCUGCCGGUAUAAUACACAGUACUGGUCCUGAUGUUUAAUGCUUUUAAAUCUUCCUCCUUCAAGCCGUGUGUGCUGACGCUGCUGACCAAGUACAUUUCCCAAGUGUGUUUCAUUCUGCCUUCACUAUACUGUUAUCAUGUCCUAGUGUUUCACCUUCACUAUACUGUUAUCAUGUCCUAGUGUUUCACUCUACCUUCACUAUACUGUUAUCAUGUCCUAGUGUUUCACUCUGCCUUCACUAUAUUGUUAUCAUGUCCUAGUGUUUCAGUCUGCCUUCACUAUACUGUUAUCAUGUCCUAGUGUUUCACCUUCACUAUACUGUUAUCAUGUCCUAGUGUUUCAGUCUGCCUUCACUAUACUGUUAUCAUGUCCUAGUGUUUCACCUUCACUAUACUGUUAUCAUGUCCUAGUGUUUCACUCUGCCUUCACUAUACUGUUAUCAUGUCCUAGUGUUUCACUCUGCCUUCACUAUACUGUUAUCAUGUCCUAGUGUUUCACUCUGCCUUCACUAUACUGUUACUGUCCUAGUGAU